AUGGCGGCAUCCUUGGUGGCCUGUUCUCCCAGGCCUGUGGCAGUGUGUCCUGGCACCGAUAACAAGCUCAGUACACUGUCUGAUUUGGACCAACAGUACAGAACUCUUCGCAAGUUCUACGAGAACUGUGAGGUGGUCAUGGGUAAUCUGGAGAUCACCAGUAUUGAACAGAACCGCAACCUGUCUUUCCUCAAGUCUAUCCGGGAGGUGACAGGUUACGUGUUGGUGGCUCUGAACCAGUUUGACUAUCUUCCACUGGAAAACCUGCGGAUCAUCCGCGGCACUAAACUCUAUGAAGGACGUUACGCGCUGGCUAUCUUUCUCAACUACAGACGAGAUGGCUACUUUGGUCUUAGACAACUCGGACUCAAGAACUUGACAGAAAUCCUGAAUGGAGGUGUAUAUGUGGAUCAGAACAAAUUCUUGUGCCAUGCUGACACAAUCCACUGGCAUGACAUCAUCAAGAACCCCCGUGCUGAACUUCUAGUUGUUCCUUCCAACAACAGUGGCAACACUUGCAGACGGUGUCAUAGAUCUUGUAAUGGACGUUGCUGGGGCCACCAAGAAUACCAGUGCCAAAUCUUGACAAAGACGGUUUGUGCAGAGCAGUGUGAUGGUCGUUGUUUUGGUCCGUAUGUCAGUAACUGCUGCCAUCGUGAAUGUGCAGGAGGCUGUUUUGGACCUAAAGACACGGACUGCUUCGCUUGUACAAACUUUAAUGACAGCGGGGCGUGUGUGACACAGUGUCCUCAGCCAUUUGUCUACAAUCCAACAACCUUCCAGCUCGAGCACAAUCACAAAGCCAAAUACACUUAUGGAGCUUUCUGUGUCAAGAAAUGCCCACACAACUUUGUGGUGGAUCACAGCUCUUGUGUCAGAGCCUGUCCGAGCAACAAGAUGGAGGUGGAGGAAAAUCACAUCAAGAUGUGCAUCCCGUGCACUGACAUCUGUCCGAAAGUGUGUGAUGGUAUAGGUACUGGCAGUCUUCAGACAGCUCAAACUGUAGAUUCCAGCAACAUUGAGAAGUUUGUCAAUUGCACCAAGAUCAACGGCAACCUCAUCUUCCUCAUCACAGGCAUCAAAGGGGAUAUGUUUCAUGGUAUCAAAGCCCUGGACCCUAAUCGGCUAAAUGUAUUCCGCACAGUUAGAGAGAUCACAGGUUUCUUGAACAUCCAGUCUUGGCCGGAAAAUAUGACGGAUCUUGGUGUUUUCUCAAAUCUUGCCACCAUCGGAGGACGAACACUUUACAGUGGUAUUUCUCUGCUGAUCCUGAAACAGCGCUGGAUCUCUUCACUGCAGUUCCAGUCUUUGAGAGAGAUCAGCGCAGGUAACGUCUACAUCACCAAUAAUAGUCAACUCUGCUUCUACAAUACAGUGAACUGGACGGGCCUGUUUCGCACAAGCACCCAGAGAGUGCUCAUCAAAAACAACAGAGACCCCAGAGAGUGUAUUAAAGAGCAGAUGGUUUGUGAUUCGUUGUGUUCAGAGGCAGGAUGUUGGGGUCCGGGUCCAGACCAGUGUCUCUCAUGUAAAUACUUCAGCCGGGGAAGAACCUGCGUCAAGUUCUGUAACUUAUAUUAUGGAGAUGUUCGGGAGUUUGCCAAUGGCUCUGUUUGUGUGGAGUGUGACAGCCAGUGUGAAAAGACAGGGGAUAAAAGUUUGACCUGCCAUGGCCCGGGUCCAGACCACUGUACAAAGUGUCUGCAUCUCAAAGAUGGGCCCAACUGUGUGGAUAAAUGCCCUGAUGGUCUUCAGGGAGCAAACAGCUUUAUCUUCAAAUAUGCUGAGACCAACAAUGAGUGUCAUCCCUGCCACCCCAACUGCACCCAGGGUUGCACUGGACCCCGAGUACAAGAUUGUGUUGGUAUGUUGGACAGGACUCCUCUGAUUGCUGCUGGGUUAAUCGGGACUCUCUUUGUGAUGGUUGUUAUUGCUCUCGGUGUGGCCGUUUAUGUCCGCCGAAAGAGCAUUAAGAAAAAGAGAACUUUACGCCGCUUCCUGGAAACAGAGUUGGUGGAGCCAUUGACACCCAGUGGUACAGCACCUAACCAGGCUCAACUACGUAUAUUGAAGGAAACUGAGCUUAAGAGGGUCAAGAUCCUGGGAACUGGUGCAUUUGGUACUGUUUAUAAGGGAAUCUGGGUUCCAGAAGGGGAAACUGUGAAGAUUCCAGUGGCCAUAAAGAUACUCAAUGAAAGCACAGGACGUAAAGCCAAUGUGGAGUUUAUGGAUGAGGCGCUGAUAAUGGCCAGCGUGGAGCAUCCUCAUCUAGUUCGUCUGUUGGGGGUCUGUUUGAGUCCCACUAUCCAGCUGGUCACUCAGCUCAUGCCCCACGGCUGUCUGCUGGACUAUGCUCAUGAGCACCAGGAGAACAUUGGCUCCCAGUUACUGCUCAACUGGUCUGUGCAAAUCGCAAAGGGUAUGAUGUAUCUGGAGGAGAGGCGAUUGGUGCACAGAGAUCUGGCUGCCCGUAACGUCCUGGUGAAAUCUCCAAACCACAUUAAAAUCACGGACUUUGGUCUUGCUCGAUUGCUGGAUGCUGAUGAAAAGGAGUACAAUUCAGAUGGAGGCAAGAUGCCUAUCAAGUGGAUGGCCUUGGAGUGCAUUCACUACAGGAAGUUCACACACCAGAGUGAUGUAUGGAGCUAUGGGGUGACUAUCUGGGAGCUGAUGACGUUUGGUGGAAAGCCCUAUGAUGGGAUUCCCACACGAGAAAUUCCAGACAUCUUAGAGAAGGGCGAGCGUUUGCCACAGCCACAUAUCUGCACUAUAGACGUCUACAUGGUGAUGGUGAAAUGCUGGAUGAUUGAUGCUGAUAGUCGGCCUAGAUUUAAAGAACUUGCUGCAGAGUUCAGCCGAAUGGCAAGAGACCCUCAGAGAUACCUCGUCAUACAGGGGGAUGAUCGCAUGAUGCUGCCCAGCCCCCACCACAGCAAUUUCUUCCAGAGUCUUCUAGAUGAGGAGGAGCUGGAUGACCUGAUGGAUGCUGAGGAGUACCUGGUUCCUCAGACCUUGAAUAUCACUACCUCUUCUUACACAUCAAGACCACAGAUGGAUACCAGUAGAACUCAACUGCGGUGUCGUGAUACAGUUGUUUGCCCAGAAGAUGGAAUGGGAGCCUGUUCCAGUGACACUGCUGGUUCAGCGAGUGGCGCCUUUGUUCCAGUAAGCACAGAAGGGACAGGUCUGGACUCUCUGGAAGAGCAACAUUGUAAUGGAAGCUUGAAGAAACAGCACGUGUCUGUCUCAAGGGAGGAUUCUGAUGGCCAGCGCUACAGUGCAGAUCCCACUGUCUUUCUUGGAGAAAGUGGGCCUAAAACCAACCUUGAUGAAGAUGGUUACAUGAGUCCCAUGAAUAAAUUAUCCUCAGACCAUCUCAGUCCUAUUGAGGAGAAUCCUUUUGUAACUCUACGGAAAAAUAGAAAUAUUAAUGCGCUGGACAACCCGGGUUACCAUAGCACACCCAAUAGGAAACUCAAGGUUGAGGAUGAGUACAUCAAUGAACCCCUUUACCUCAACACAUACAACAACACCAGUGGGACGAACCAGGAGAUUCUGAGGAAAAAUGGAGCUUCCAUCCCACUGCAGAUGACAACAGCAGCCAACACUACAAGUAGCCACGUUAUCCUCACCACUCACACCGGGAAAGCCCAUCACCACGGCCAGGGAACACACGUCCAUUUCGCUGUUCCACCUGUUCAGCCUCCUCCAACAAGAUCUUUGAGCCAAAAUGGCCAGCAUUUCCAGUCUCCACUUGGUGUUGAAGCCAAUUCCUCGAGCAAGUCUGCCAAUUCUUCCCUAUUAACACAAAUCUCACUCGUCAGCCAACAGAUCCAACCUUGCCUGGCAAGUCAGCCUGGUUGUGCAACCCAACCCAGUUCAACCCAAGUGGCAAAGUCUGCAGUCAUAAGUAAGUGUAUCACUGACCUUCCGGGCCAGCUUAUUUAUCCAGGUAACAUGCUUCAAACAGGUCAUACUGGGACAGUAAUGGUCAACAGGAAAUUGAAGCAGAAUUUUGAUAAUCCUGACUACUGGCAACACAGUCUACCCCCCAAGGUGACCCAACCAAACACUCAAGAUCCUUCACAAGGCUCCAAAAGCAAACAGCUCUACAGGCACAGUAUCCGAAGUCGAAUUGCUAUUGCUGAAAACCCAGAGUAUAUUUCCGAGUUUAACAAGAGACCAGGAAUGGUUCUUCCACCCCCACCAUAUCGGCACAGGAAUACAGUAGUGUAACACUGCAGUCUCCACUUUCUAGAGCGCCAGAUUCCUCAACCAGCACCUAUACCGACAGAUUCUUAAAGGAAUUGUUCAACCAAAAAUGAAAGUUCUUUGAUUUAUUUACUCACCUUUUAAUUUGUCUCCGAACCCGUUUGACUUUCUUUCUUCCGUGGAUCACAAAAGGUUGAUAUAAGAAAGUCUUCAAAGGGUUUAUUUUCUAUUGAAUGAAAAUGAAUAGUAACUCCGGUCUGUCAAGCUCGAAAAAGGACAAAACGAACACCAGAAACCACACUAACAAUAAUCUAUACGACUCAUGCACUGUAUUCCAAGUCUUCUGAAGCCAUACGAUCACUUUAUGUAAUGAACAAAACGAAAUUUAAAGCCUUAUUCGCUCUCAAAUCAAAUAAUUAAUAAAGCGAUGAAAUUAAAUAUGGCGGCUACAUCGCUAAUAUUAAACGUGAUCUGUUCUUGAGACACAACAUCAUGACUCUUGGUCGUGAUAUGCAAUGAGAAGCAAUAGGUUUGAUGUUUUCGAUGUAGCCACUGUAUUCAAUAAAAAAAUAUGACUUAAUUUGAGAGUGAACAAUGGUAUAAAUAUCAUUCUGUUCAUCAUAGAAAUCGAUCAUUUGUCUUUGGAAGACUUGGAAUAUAGUCUUUGAUUUCUUUAAAGCUAGUUUUAUUGUGUUUUUGUCUUCUUUGUUUAGCCUGACAGACUGGAAUCAAUAUUUACUUUAUAUGUGAGGACUAUUUAAAAAAAUCACGUUUUGUGUUCUACUGAAGAAAGCAAGUCAUUGGAGCAACAUUUGUGUGAAUUGUCAUUUUUGGGAGAACUAUUCCUUUACUCUUCUUUCAUACUGUACAUUAAAAUGGAAUGACAAAAAAACAGGAAAACUCUCAACUUCAAAGUUUUUUUUUAGCCAGAGGAAUUUGAGACAGAUAUACAAGAGGAAAUUGGACUUUAAAAGGGAAUACUGAUCAACCAAAGUGCCUCUAAACUAUUCCAAAACUAUUCCACUUUUCUGUUCUAAUAAUGAGAAUGUAACCCAAUGUAACUCAAUUCAUUCUCCCACAACUUGGAAGUGAAAUGGGACAUGGUCCAACUUGACAAGAAAGAAGAGUAUUUCCUGCUGGAAAUGGAAAGUUUAUUUCUAGUGUCAUACAGUAUGUUUACACCAAGAUAAAAACAUGCUAACAUGCUGUAUGUCGACAGAGCAACUUCUCACUAGUAAAUUGUCUUUUUGACCAAUUUUCAUCCAUCCUGGAUUUUUGCUGUUCGUAUGUUGUUGGUUACGUUACUUGAGGCGAACAACACUGCUAUUGUUCUCGCCUGUUUUAGCCUCAUUAACUCUUGAAGCAAAUGGUGGACACGGCUACAUUACAGAUCUAGUAGCCUACAGAGCCUGCAAGAACAUUAGGUUAACUCUUGGAUGUGAAUCAGACAAUGACAUGGAUUGUCUUGUAAAGUGGUGUAAAUGGUGCAUUCAUCCAGUUAUCAUGAAUUACUUAAUGGACUAACAAUUGUUGGAUACUAUUUAUUUUCUUUCCUGUUGUUUUUCAUCAUCUUUUUUGAAAGAUCUUACCAGUUUCCUCCAGUUUUGCUCUCAAAAGUAGGAACUAUUAAAAAAACUGAUUCAGACAGAGGGCAUGGGGUGGACAUACCACAGUCCUUCAAGUGCAGACAGGAAAUAAGUGCCUUCCUCAAUGGCACAAAAGGUUGGUGGAAGUGCCAUGAGAGAGAUAUGAACUGGAAUUUGAACAGCUGUAUAUACAUGUAUGUGUAACAAAUUUGAAUGUCCACUACUGAGCCACUUUUGUGCAAAUAGACUCAUCCAGGACUGAGAACUAUGUAUUAAAAAAAUAAAUGUUGAAUUAAAAAGUAAUGAAUUUGAUAAUGAAUAUAAUUUAACCACAAAACAUAUUAUGGAAGGCAAUAUUACAGAUUAUUUAAACUCAACAAGGGCACAAAACAAACUAAAAGAAACUACUGAUCUCCAAUGGAGAAAUUUUCAUCGUACUGUGACAGAAAAUACUUUUGUCUGAAAUAUAUACCUGCUCUCAAUGAGAGUGUGACUGUGUUGUGGCUGGGGAGACAUUGUUCAUAUGUUUUGUAGACUGUAAUAUACUUCCGCCAAAGUGUCAUAGUAAAGAGGUUGUGAGAAAUAUGUGCAAAUCUGGUCCUAAAUGUACCAUGCUAAUAUUAUGAAAAAUGUAUUUGCUUUCAACUGAACAGCCAUCGGAGAUGUAGCUAGAUUUCUUUGGCUUUUCUUGUUUUGUUUUUCAUUGUUGUUUUUUUUUUUGCCUUGUACUUUGAUUUUUUUUUUUUUUGGGACUUUUCCAAAAUAUGAAUCUCAUCCUUGUUGUAAUUCUAUUUGAUGGAAUGACACAAUAAAGGUCUUGUUUGAAAUUUACCAACUAAUGGUUCCUAAAUUUCCAAAUAGUCAUUUAUGGUAUAUGAGAACCUUUUGUUGUUGCAAGUACCACCUUGUUUGCCACUCUGUUCAGGUGUAAUUGAUAACUUAUCUGUACUUCCCCUUGCAAAGACUGUGGUGGUACUAUGGUAUAGUGAAUUGUAUUCUAUGGUACUUUGAAACAUACCAUGGUGCUGAAUGUUUGCUAAUAUUCAUGUAUAAAACACUUCAAAAGCCUCAGAAAUCUAAUAGGAAUUCAGCAAGUGAGUUACAAUGAGUUAUUUAAACAUCUGAUUAUGUUUGGUCAUUUUUGGCCAAAAUAAAUGUUUCCGAUUUAAUAAAAAUGGGUUCGUUUAUCGGAGCGGUACACUACUUUGUGACUUUUCCUCCACU